CUUGCUCUCGUCUUCACUGCGUGGACCGUGGAUGCAGAACCAACCUUCCUUCCUUCCUUCUUCCACUCCAGUCUCAAGAUGCAUACUCACAUACACCGCGUUAGCUGACCUCCAUUGAUGCCUAUAUAUAUACCUUCAUCUUUCGGAUUAUGUUGUCGAUCACUUCCAUCUCAACUUUCAGCAACAAAAGUUAUGAAUCGAUUCACAUCUGAAUAGCUGGAUUCUGGAGCUACUGUUUUCCUAAAUCAUAAACUGAUCAGUAAGCAUUAUGCAGGCAUCCAACCAGCCUUAUUACUAACCCUAAUCAACACCAUGGAUCAGAAUCUACGGUUUUCUGUUCAUACGCUAGAGACUGCUGACAAUUCAUCUUCUUCAGUUGGUUUCUCCCCAAGUGGCAGUCCCGUUUCGCUUCAAGAUUCUCACUCGUUCCAACCAGGCCUGUAUCAUUCCCCUGAUCAGACUUACACCUCUCACAUAAAUCCGGCUGCAGGCAAUGUGGAUGAGUUGGAGUUGAGGCUGAGAGAAUUAGAAGCGGCUAUGUUGGGAAGCGAUCAAGAUUUUGAAGAGUUUGAUGUUUCAUCUUCGUGGGAUGGGUAUGGACCGGAGGAUAUAAAUCAAGAAAACGAUGAAUUUAGAAUAAUGGAAGAGUUGACUUCUAGAGGAGACCUGAAACAAGCCCUUCUUGCUUGUGCUAAAGCCAUAGCUGAAAACAAGUUAACAACUGCUGAACAGGAACAGCUUAUAUCAAUGGCACGUCCAUUGGUGUCGGUAUCCGGUGAGCCUGCACAGAGAUUAGGAGCUUACAUGUUGGAAGGGCUUGCAGCAAGAAUAUAUGAAUCAGGUAGCAUUAUCUACAAAACCCUAAAGUGCAAAGAGCCAACUAGUGGUGAGCUUCUAUCUUAUAUGCUUUUGCUCUAUGAAGCCUGUCCCUAUUUCAAGUUUGGUUACUUGUCGGCAAAUGGAGCCAUUGCUGAAGCCACAAAAAACGAAGAUAGAAUCCAUAUAGUCGAUUUCCAGAUAGCACAGGGCGGUCAAUGGGUAACUCUCAUCCAGGCUCUUGCGGCUCGGCCUGGUGGGCCCCCGAAGCUACGCAUCACUGGUAUCGAUGAUCCCAGAAACAAUUACGCUAGAGGUGGAGGGCUGAAUAUCGUUGGGCGGAGACUAGAGAUGCUAGCUGAAUCUUGUAAAGUUCCCUUUGAAUUCCAUGGUGUGCCUGUUUCUGGUUCCGACAUUCAGAUUGAACAUCUUGGGGUUCGGCCAGGGGAGGCGUUGGCUGUUAAUUGCGCGUUUGUGCUGCAUCAUAUGCCAGAUGAGAGUGUGGAUCCCCGGAAUCAUAGGGACAGAUUGUUGAGGCUGAUCAAGAGUCUGUCUCCAAAAGUUGUGACUCUUGUGGAACAAGAAGCCAAUGUGAACACAGCACUAUUCUUUCACAGGUUUCAAGAGGCGUUCAGCUACUAUUCAGCUAUGUUCGAAUCGAUUGAUGCGACUCUAGAAAGGGAUCAUAGAGAGCGAAUCAAUAUCGAGAAACAUUGUCUAGCUGGUGAGAUAGUUAAUAUAAUAGCGUGUGAAGGGACCGAAAGGGAGGAAAGACAUGAGCUUCUUGGGAAGUGGAAGACGCGGUUUAGAAUGGCUGGAUUCAGUCCGUACCCUCUAAGCUCGUACGUGAAUGCCACCAUUAAGACGCUGCUCGAGAACUACUGCGAUAGAUAUAGACUCCAAGAACGAGAUGGGGCUCUGUUUCUUGGAUGGAUGAACCGAGAUUUGGUCUCAUCCUGUGCAUGGAAAUGAAUGAAUUUACAGCCCACCACCCAAAGUCGGUAACUUUUAGAUCUAAUAUGCUGUAAGACGAAGUAUCGUGUGAGAAUUGGAGUUAAGGUGUGAAGCGUAAAAAGGGAUCUCAUCCUCACCCAUGAUUGUGCUUGAUACGGAAACUGAUCCAGUGCAUCUCGGUGCAUCUCAUUAUUGUUGAUCUUUAAUUGGGUUUGAUUCAAGGGUGGAGAUCGUUUUUUACCCUUCUCACCACACAACUUCCAUUCUCGUGAAAACCCAACCUUAUUCUGUAAACAAUGUGUAAUAUGUCUUGUAGUCAAAUUUCAUCUUACUAUAUCUGCACUGUAAAAUUACAUUAUGUGGUAAUAAAAGGCUCAUUUCUUGCAGUGA